AUGAGUAAAGACGAUUCGAAAUUUUUAUUUACAUAUGAAAAAGUUCUUAAAGAUCAAGUUCUUCGGAAACUUUCAGCCAAAAGUAGUGGAUCUAAGUCGCAUGUUGAUCUAUAUGGCCUAAAGGAUGAACAAACAGAAAUAUAUAAAAUUCUAGAGAACACUGUGAAAUAUCACGAAGGGAAGUCUGUGCUAAUAGUUGGGCCCCGGGGUGUUGGAAAAACAACUCUUGUAAAUAAUUGUCUUCUAGAUCUCGAUCGAAAAUAUGGUGGUGCAUUUCUGGUUAUUCAUCUAAGCGGACUCUUUGAAAGGGAUGAUAAGGCUGCAAUCAGGGAAAUAGCAAGACAAUUCGACUGGAUAAUGGGCGCAAAAAGCAUAAAAAGUCGAUUGAGUGAACGAUACGAUGAUUUUGAGGAUGGAAAAAGGGGAGAUUACGAAGUGAUCGAUGAAAAUCUCCAAGCACAGGGAAAUGAACAAAGUGCAGGAUUCGAAAAGGUGUCUGCAAACGCAACAAUGAAUACGAUAAUGUCGCUAUUGGACAGAUCAAAGCUUGAGGAUGGAGGAGACCCUGCUUAUAAUGAAGAUGACGAAAAGGCAGGUGUUUUAUCCGAACAAAUUCCAAUCAUAUUUGUCAUAGACGAAAUUGAUAAAUACGCAGGAGACUCCAAGCAAACUUUAUUGUACAAUCUUUUUGACAUGGCACAGUCAUCAUCGACCCCAGCUAGUGAUGAAAGUCAGAAUGGACAAAAAAUGAAUCCGAAAGCUGCAGGUUCUGCACUAACUGUGAUAGGUGUUACAACUAAGGCAACCAUGAGAGAACAGCUUGAGAAAAGGGUGCGAAGCCGUUUCAGCCAGCGGGUUCUUCAGAUAAACAAACUUAGAACGCUCACGGAAUUCAGUAAAUGUGUUUACACGAUGUUAAAAAUUGAAAAACAGCCCGGAGAGCCGGAGUUGGAAAAAUGCAUCGAUGAGUACAACAAGCGAAUCGAAAAUUUGGUCUUUCAGAACGGAAACGCUGUCAGAAAAGCUAUUGUGGAGAAUUUCUACACCAUCAAAGAUUUGAAUGCACUAAAGAACAGCCUGGCAGUAGUUGUAAGAUACGGAUUAUUCGACAGAAAAAACGAAUUCUUCGAUCCAGAAAAUGGAGGACUAGAGUUGUAUAACAACCGCAACCUUGCUGUUCUCGAUUCGUUAAGUGAGUUGGAGUUGAAGCUAUUGAUUUCUUGUGCGAGAGUUAAGGCGAAAAGCUCUAGUGAUAGAAUAAAUUUCAAUGUUGCGUGGGAAGAAUACAUAAAAGUAGCAUCGUCACGGAUGAAGACCUUGAAUACGCAUUUGGAGACUAUGGGUGUAAGUUUUGGAUCCAAUGGUGGUGAAGGCAGUUUUAUGCGCAGUAGAGAACUCAUGUUGAGCUGUUGGGAGAUGUUAGCACGUGCCGGAGCAAUUGGUGAGCCUAUGAGGCAGAUAAAUGGAAUAAACGCUUCUUCAUAUACCGGUGGAGAAUUCAAUCGAGUGUACGCAUGUGAUCUUGAACUAAAUGAGAUAAUGAAGCACUUUAAGGAAGAUCGAUUUGGAGAAGCCACUGACUAUAGCUGGGUCGAGAGCUGGUGUCGGAUCUAA